AUGUCUUCGUUUUUUGUUGGACUCUUAACUCUGCUAUUACUGAACCAAUUUGCGAAAAGUUUAUAUGUAACACCAACGUUUGAAGAUGAACGUGGCUUUCAAUCGGCUGGAUAUCCAGCGAUGACGAAAGAACGUGCAUAUCAACUUCUCUAUCCAUCGAUCAGCAGUCGAUCAAGUGCAGAUGCAUUUCUUGAUAAGCUCGUUGUGCCAGGUGGAGAAACACCAAUCAAGUUUUUCUGGUCAGGUUUUGGUGUUCCUAAUAGUGCUGAAGUAGCUGCUGAAAUAGCACGUUAUCAUAAUGGAGUAACACUUGAGAUGCUACUUGAAAGACCAGAAAAUGCUGCUGUAAAACAACAAAUGUGUAUUUGGCCGGCAAGAGAGGAUAUCUCGCCUGUUGCUGAAGCUUGUCGAGCACAAUGGAGACGUCUCUCGCAGGUAUAUGCAGAGAAAGCACGAGGACCUGUCACUCCCAUACUUGGUGAUCACGUAGCGCCUGACAGUGUAUGGAUGACACAUGAAAAAAAUGCUCUCAAUCAGAGUCAACAAAAAGGAAACUAUAUUUAUGGAUUUCAACGUCCAAUGAAUCUUUACGAAGUAUACUGCGUCAAAAUGGCUAAGUCUAGAUCCGAUUAUCCAGAAAUUAAAGAAAAAAUAUGCACGAAGCAAACUGGUUAA